AUGGCUCUCCAACAAGUAGUGUUUCCUGGCGAGGACAUACCCCGAGAUAUUCUCCCCAUUCCCUCGAAGAAGAAGCAUGCUCUAAAAAUUGGCGCUGGUCUACAGCACAUCCCGCCAGAUAGAGUGACCUCCACAGUAGCUGGCAACCUUGGUAUUGAUACUCGAAAGAAUGCCGUUUGGGUGAACAACGAUGGCGGAAGGUACAUUCCACAAUCUGGAGACUUGAUUAUUGCGACAGUCCACAGCUCUGCUGCCGAGAUCUACCAGUGUGCAAUCACGCCCCACACCACAUUCGCCCAACUGCCUCAACUGGCGUUUGAAGGAGCUACUAAGAAGACUCGCCCUCAUUUAGUUCAUGGCAGUCUGAUCUAUGCGCGAGUUAACUCUGCGUCGAAAUUCAUUGAUCCUGACCUCGUAUGCUACAAUCCUGCCACUGGCAAGAGUGAAGGCUUAGGGGAGCUCAAAGAUGGCAUGGUGUUCAGCGUAAGCUUAGGCUUAGCCAAGAGGCUUCUGGUAGCAAAGCAAGAACAACAAGGAGGAAUAGUCUUGCUGGACGAGUUAGCUGAAAGAGUCGCCUUCGAAGUCGCCAUUGGAAGGAACGGGAAAGUCUGGAUAAAGAGCAGCACCGUCAAAGAGACUUUAAUCGUGGGAAAUGCUCUUCGGCAAAUGGACGAGAAGGGUCUGGGAAUUGAUGAUCAGAGGAAACUUGUGAAGAAGCUCCUGAAAUCAGUAUGA